AUGUAUAUGCAGCGUUUGUUGAUUGCGCUGGCGGUGGUGCUUUUCUCGGUACUUGUGUUGGCUGCGGAGGAUUAUUACAAGGUUCUUGGGUUGGAUAAGUCGGCUUCUGAGAAGGAUAUUAAGCGUGCGUAUCGUACGCUUAGCAAGAAGUAUCAUCCGGAUAAGAACCCUGGCGACGACUCUGCGCGCGAGAAGUUCGGUGAAAUCGCCGAUGCCUACGAUGUCCUCUCCACCUCCUCCCUUCGCAAGAUCUACGAUCAAUACGGCCACGAUGGCGUUGAGCAGCACCGCAAGGGUGGCUCUGCCGGUGGCCACUCUAAUGACCCCUUCGAUCUCUUCUCGCGGUUCUUCGGCGGCGGUGGUCACGCCGGACAUGCACCUGGGCACCGACGCGGACCGGAUAUGGAAGUAAAGGCAUCGCUCCCUCUGCGUGACUUCUACACGGGACGGGAGAUCAAUUUCCUGGUGGAGAAGCAGCAGAUCUGUGAUGAUUGCGAGGGAACUGGGUCGAAGGAUCGUCAGGUUGUGCACUGUGAUCAAUGUGGUGGUCGUGGCAUGGUUAUCAAAAAGCAUAUGCUGGCACCGGGAAUGUUCCAGCAAGUACAGAUGGCUUGUGACCAGUGCGGUGGACAGGGGAAGAAGAUCAAGAAUCCCUGCCCUGUGUGUCACGGCCAACGGGUCGUGAAAAAAGCCGUUGAGACGAGUGCCGAAAUCGAACGGGGAAUGGAUAAAGGGACGAGGCUUGUUUUCGAGAACGAGGCUGACGAGAGUCCCGAUUGGGUUGCGGGUGAUUUGAUCGUUAUUCUCGAUGAGAAGGAGCCGGAGCUUGGGACGACGGAGGAGGAGCGUACUGAUGGGACGUUCUUCCGUCGUAAGGGCAAGGAUCUUUUCUGGAAGGAGACGCUUUCUUUGCGGGAGGCUUGGAUGGGCGAGUGGUCGCGCAAUGUCACGCAUUUGGAUGGACACGUUGUUCGGCUUGGACGCAAGCGUGGUGAAGUUAUCCAGCCUCUAGCCGUGGAGACGGUCAAGGGCGAGGGAAUGCCGCAUUACUCCGAGGCACAUCUACAUGACCAGCACGAUGAGGACGACUCACCUGGCAAUUUGUACGUUGAGUACACCGUUGUGUUGCCGGAUGAGAUGGAGAGUGUCAUGGAGAAGGAGUUCUUCGCUCUGUGGCAGAAGUGGCGCAAGAAGAUUGGUGUUGAUUUGGCGACGGAUAGUGGAAGGCCGAUUCCUCCGCCGGCGGAGGAGUAUGAGAAGGAUGAGUUGUGA